AAUGGCCCAUCUUUGACGUGCUGCAGUUCCCGCCUGUACCGUGGGGAGGCGCUGUUUCCCAUCGCGGCCAGGCGGCAGUUGGUCUUAACUCCAUGUAGAUGCGGCUGCUCUGAAGUUCUCUCCUGGGCUAAAAAAGAGACGAAGAAAGUGAAGAACGCCGUCAUUUAGCUCCAAUAAAACCCGAAACGGACAGUUUAGCGUUUUUUUAACGACAGAAAGCAGAGCAGCAACGCCCCGCGGCUGAAAUUACGGCCUCAGCAUGUCUGAUGGGGAGUACGACUACCUCAUCAAAUUCUUAGCUCUGGGAGACUCUGGUGUGGGAAAGACCAGCUUCUUAUACCAAUACACAGAUGGCAAGUUUAACUCCAAGUUCAUCACUACAGUGGGAAUAGACUUCAGAGAAAAAACUGUGCUGUUUCCUUCCACGGGUGGAACAUCAGGUAAAGGACAGAAGAUCCACUUGCAGCUGUGGGACACUGCAGGGCAGGAGAGAUUCCGAAGUUUGACAACAGCGUUUUUCCGAGACGCAAUGGGUUUCCUCCUCCUGUUUGAUCUGACAAACGAGCAGAGCUUCCUCAAUGUCAGGAACUGGAUGAGUCAGUUACAGAUGCACGCGUACUGUGAAAACCCAGACGUGGUUCUGUGUGGCAACAAGUGUGACCUGACGGAUCAGAGAGCCAUCAGUGAAGUCGAGGCCCGUGAGCUGGCAGAGAAAUACGGAAUCCCAUACUUCGAGACAAGUGCAGCGAACGGACAGAAUGUCACAGAGGCUGUGAGAAUCCUGCUGGAUCUCAUCAUGAGGAGGAUGGAGCACUGCGUUGACAAGUCUUGGAUCCCAGAUGGGACGGUUCGACCCAAUGGACCUAAUCACCAAGACAUCCCAGAGGACCCCGACAGGGGAAAGUGUGCCUGUUAAAGAGAAUUUUGUGACAUAUGUAGGAAAAGUGGGAGUUUGUAUAGUAUGUUUGGCUUGAUGACAGUCCUCAUCUUUAUUUGUGCCAUUUCCUUCAUGAUCGUACAUACUCUCUGUAAAAGGUGCUAUGAUUAGCUUACCAGUACAGGAGUGAAUGUUGUUUUUCACUUGGGAAUUUCAUUUAUUUUGGCUUUUUUCAGUAAUCUUUCUUUCAAAUAAUUCCUCCAUAUGGGUUCUUUGUGGGGCAUAUUUAUUUGUAAAAUACCAGAUGUACAAUUCCACUCUGUUCAUAAUGCAGAACAUGCUCUCAGAAACAGAUUGUCUUCCACAGCACACACGUUCACUGAGUGAUAACAUAUUUUAUCUGCAACCAGACGACUGUUAUAGAUUGUACCACUAAAGCUUUGGUAGAUGUUUUCCUGGGUGCUGUUGUUUUCUUGAUGCCUUCCCCAGUGAAAAUGUUCUUCACAGUUUUCAUAUCACUGUACAACACUUGCUUAUCUGCACUCAUUCUUUUGUAAAUGCUUUAUAAACUUGUUCUGCAGUUUUCUGAAAUUCAAAUCAGAGUUAAAAAUGCAGCAAGAACUAAAGAGUGUGCUAUAUUCCGAAUGUAUGCGUAUUUAAUAAUCUAUUAAUCCAUUAGAGGUUUGGGGCGUAUUUUUGAUUUGCUUUCUCUUAAAUCCAAGUAUAAAUGUAUCUAAUAUAUUUAAUUCACUCUGUGCCUUUGAUGAAAAAAUAAAUAAAUACCAAUAUUAUUUAUAGUAAAAUGCAUAGUUCUUUUUUUAUUAUUUUGCAAUUUAGAUGGUUGUACACUCCCUUCAAUAAUUUACAGAUUGCUUUUUGUUUUCAAAUGAAAUGCCAACACUGUUUUAUACUUGAGUUAAAAUAUGUAAGCAAAGUAUUUGUAAUGUUUAAAGUUAACUGAUGCUUUUCUGAUGGUGUCUAAAGAGCAUGUACAAGUUAAGUUUCCUUUAAUCUACCAAAAUAGAUAUUUGUAAGCCCGUCACUAGACGUGUGUACGCCAUUUUAUUAAGACUAAAGUGUGUUAAGCUGUCAGUUGUGCCACAUUUCAAAUGCUGAAUUUGUAAAUUAUUUCCAAAUAAAAAUGUGUACAUAUCGAUGACCUCAAAGGAAUUUA